AUGUCUACACCACAGGGUCAAAACGACCUUGUUGAAGUUUUCAAAACUCUUUCAGCGAACGAACAAUGCAGUUUUAUCAGUAGGAAAGAAUCUGAUUGCAUGACUUUGCAGUUACAGUCAGGAGAAGCUGAGAUUUUUGGUGCAAGGUUAGAACUGAACAAAGUCUACUCGUUUAGCGCCGGUUAUUGUUUCUCAGUGUUCACGUAUUCAGGAUGUAAUCUGCGGUUACAGUUACAACAAUCGGAAACAGUUCCUUUUAGCCAACGCAAUGAUAUGAUGAUGUUUGAAUUGCAUCUUCAUACAGUAGUUGAAGAACUGCGGGAACGAGCUGAUGUGAAAGACGAACGGGGACCUAUUGUAAUGAUAGUUGGACCUAAAGAUGCGGGAAAAUCAACAUUUUCAACUAUUUUGUUAAACUAUGCAGUGAGGAUGCAGACAAAACGUACGCCUGUCUUUGUCGACACUGAUCCUGGUCAAAGUUCUCUCACACUGCCAGGAACAAUCGGAGCGGCACUAAUAUCCGAUCAAAUCCAACCAGAUAAAAAACUCAGCGAACAAGUGAAUCCUCUCAUCUACAACAUUGGUUCAACAAGACUGGGAGUCAACCCUUUAUACAAACAGCUGAUUUCCAAGUUAGCUGCGACCGUGUUGGAUCGUCUUAAAUCAAACAAAACGGCGAAAUCUUCAGGUUUGAUCAUCAACACGCCUGGGUGGACUCAGAAUGAAGGGUUUGAAAUAAUCAGACACACCGCUCAAGCGUUUGAGGUUGAUGUGAUAUUUGUUCUGUACCAGAAAACGCUCUUUGACGCUCUGCGUCACGGCUUGCCUAACUUUGUCAAGCUGGUACAACUGCCGAGGCUGGAAGGAGUGCGCUCCCGUAGCAUGGAGCUUCGCUGGGAACUGCGCGACAAAAUGUUGAAGGACUACUUCUAUGGACCAAACAACGAGCUGAAACCCUACAUUUUCGAUGUCGACUGGUCCUCCAUCAAAGUGUUUAAAGUUUGGUCCUCGAAACACGUUGGAAAAUCUUAUCUCGGUGUUCCGGAAUUUGAUACGUCGCUGAGAAAUAAAAUACUGGCCGUAACAUUCGCGCAAAACAAGGAGGAUGCUUUAGAGUCUAAUAUUUCCGGGUUCGUCUGUUUGGCCGACGUGAUCGACUCAAGGGAGAGAAAAGUGACUCUACUUUCCCCGUUUCCUCCCCCUCUAGCAGAUGUUUGCUUGUUGCUCACCAGUUUGUUUCUUACAUCUUAUUCCGUACCAAACAGUGAACUUCCUUCAAAUAGUAUUUGA